AUGAAAUAAAGACCAACCACAGCGAAGGUUCCAAAAACCAUUGAUUAAAGGGAAAUACAAUAGCUUCAUGAUUUAGAUAGUCGUUAAUAUUAAUUAAUCGGUAGCAAUCUUUCCUAAUUUACAAUUUUGAAUGAAUUGGGAAAGGGUUCCUAUGGAGUGGUUUAUAAGGUGAAAUCUAGUAUGGAUGGGAACAUCUAUGUUCUCAAGAAGAUCAAUCUGACUCAUCUGAAGCCGAAGCAUCAAGCUGAGGCACUCAAAGAGGCAUAACUUCUGAGGAAACUGAAACAUCCAAAUGUCAUAACAUACUAUAUGAGUUUUAUUGAGCAGGACAAUCUUUGCAUCAUCAUGGAGUAUGCCGAAGGAGGAGACCUUUAGAAAUUGCUAAAAGAUUAUAAGGAGAGAAGGAAAUUUAUGUAAGAGGAAACCAUUUGGGAGAUGAGCAGGGAACUUAGUUCUGCAUUGUAGCAUCUGCAUGAAAACAACAUCAUUCACAGGGAUAUUAAAACACUCAACGUCUUUCUAACAAAGGAUAAACAUGUGAAAUUGGGAGAUCUGGGAGUAUCCAAAAUAUUCAAUUCAGACACUGCACUCCAAGGCACUCGAGUGGGCACUCCCUUGUAUCUGUCCCCAGAGCUUGUUUAGCAUUAGCCCUACGAUUAUAAGGUUGAUAUCUGGGCCUUGGGAUGUGUGGUAUUUUACAUGGCAGCCUUGGAGCCUCCCUUUUAGGGUGAAAAUUUGAUUGCCUUGGGAUAUAGUAUAGUUAAUAGAGCACCUAAAGCAUUGCCUCCUCAGUACUCGACAAGACUAAGCCAGUUCAUUUGGAAACUCCUUGAGAAGAUCCCAGCCUUGAGACCCAGCAUAUCAGAAGUCAAUACAAUAUAUUUCCAAUAGAGGAGUCAGCCAUAGAGAAUUUCAUAGUAGAUUUUAUUAAUAACAUAGACAACUUGA